UACAGUACAUACCGACAUAUUUGUGCUUGACUAAAUUUUCAAACAUUUUUUUAGAGUAGUGAAUUUGCGAUGCCAGUACUUUUUGAUAGAAUUUCGAAAUUAAUCUUAAUCAUUCUGAGUUGCGAUUACUUAUAACUAUUACAGUAUUGUCAGAGAGAAGUUGUUUGUUUUCUGGAGAGAUCUUGAUGUCCGUGCGUGCGCCUUUUGGUCGAAAAUUUGAAGUCGUUGAGUUUUUGGCUUGUUCGUGUGCAGCUCGGUGAAAACACCGUGUGCUUUUUUGUAAUUAUGGAUAGUGUGGACCUGGUUGAUCCUUCGGGAAUUAUCCGCUUUGCUAGGCUUAUUCAGCCUUAUUGCCAAUGUCUAUGCAUGGAUUGCACGUAAAAGUUGUAAAACAUACGGUUUUACGGUGACAUACCUAUCAUAUAUCACAGUACCAGGCUUUUAGCGAUCGAUCGUCGUCAAUGCUGUGAUCAGCGGUGUACAUAUGAAAAUGAAGGGAAAACCAAUCGUCGUUUGUUUCCGUGCGGAAUAAUUUGUUUGCGAAUUGUGCUCUAGUGCUAUUUAUACAUGAAUUUUCAUGGUCAAUAUUUGAAUGCAUUUUCGUUGCGAAAUUGACUCAGAUUGAGCGCGCUUUGUCAUGCGACUGAUCGCAGGAAGCUCUUCGUGAUCCAUAAACUAGAAAUGGGGAUCGUAAAUAGACGGUAUUGUGAUGGUAAAUUUUGAUGAGAAAAGGAACUGAAAGCUGGUAAAUGGAUCUCUUAAUUCAAUAUCCAACCCUAGCCGCGUGACACAUUCCCGCGUUUUCACAGGCUCAUCCAUUCCCUAAAAUCUGCACAACAGGGCAUCCAGCAGUAUUCCAUCUUGAUUUGUAUCGGGCGCGCGCCGAGUGGGGAUUCUGAAAUUGCUUUUUACCCGCCUCGGAGGCUCUCGCAUUGACGAAGGUUAUAUAUGCUGUGUAUGGAGCCGGGGAGGAAAGAUUUCCCACAAUGUGGUGUUGAUUCCGCAGGCCAAGUGGUAAUUGAAGUCCAAUAGCAAAUUAUUUUGUCGUCGCUCACCAGACGCUUCCUUGUUGCGGCGACUGUUGGCUGGCUGUCUGGCUGCUCCCUUCCUCACUCGGCUGUCGUGUUGGGGGAAGCUAAUUACCAUCUCGCCAGAUAUAUAUGUUACAUGUCCGCAGCGUCAUCCCCUGAUCAGUAUCGCAUCGCUCGUUUCCUGGGCUAUGGGCGGAUUGUGUUACCAGCCGCAGCAGCAGCUUGUACCUCCGCUGACACUGUUCCUUCGCCUGCAUCACAUUCACAUCAUACCUACCUUAGGCUGUGCGCGGCAGCAUUGCCUGGAAACGUUGUUGCUCUCCCGGCCGGGCAGACUGCUCGUUGAACAGUGAGGACAGAACUCCGUCGAAUACUUUUCUAUGUUUCCGUUGUUGGGCAUUCGUGGACUGAUGCGCACAAAGAAGAUGAGCGCGGUGAUUCCCCGUGGUGGGAUUGCGAAGCGGGCUGUGAUAAUUGGAUUAGUCUUCCUGGUGAUGCUGUAUUUGUCGUCAUUCCUCUGGCCGCUCCAGUGUGUCACGGAUGAUGGCGUACGGCAGGGCUUUGUGAUGGAUAAGAACAAUAAGAAAGUCUACAGUUAUGACCACAACAUUCCGCUAAUAUUCGUCGGUGGAAUGCCGCGAAGCGGAACGACACUCAUGCGCGCCAUGCUGGACGCCCAUCCCAUGGUCCGCUGCGGUGAAGAGACCCGGGUGAUUCCCCGCUUGCUAGCCCUCCGGCAGAUGUGGCUUAAAUCGGAAAAGGAAUUGCGUCGGCUGAACAGUGCCGGUGUGACCGCGGACGUGAUCAAUCCGGCCUUUGCCGCUUUCAUACUGGAGGUUAUUGUGCGGCAUGGGGAGCCGGCUGAACGGUUCUGCAAUAAGGAUCCUUUUACGAUGAAGAGCGCCGGCUAUUUGUCGGAAUUAUUCCCGCAUGCCAAAUUCCUCUUUAUGGUGCGGGACGGACGGGCCACGGUGCACUCAAUCAUAACCCGCAAAGUCACCAUCACGGGAUUCAAAUUGGAUAGUUACCGGGAAUGCUUACAGAAGUGGAACUCCGCAAUGGAGAAUAUGUUUGCUCAAUGUCGACAAGUCGGUCCAGAUCGUUGCAUGCUGGUCUACUAUGAACAGCUGGUUUUACAUCCUAAAGUGUGGAUGGAAAGGAUUACAAAGUUUCUGGAUCUGCCGUGGAGUGAUGUUGUUCUGCAUCAUGAAGAUCUUAUCGGCAAACCGGGUGGAGUGGCUAUAUCCAAUGUGGAGAGAUCAACGGAUCAAGUGAUAAAGCCGAUCAAUAUCGAUGCUCUGGGCAAAUGGGUCGGCAGUAUCCCCCAGGAUGUGCUGGAUGAUAUGGCCAACCUGGCGCCUAUGCUCCAGCGACUGGGCUAUGAUCCCUACACCAACGAAGCCAAUUACGGGACACCGGAUGGCUUUGUCCUCAACAAUACUCAUCUCGUCCAUACGCAGCAGAAUCACUGGCUGGAGAAGGCUAAAUCCGUUGUGGCGCCGGAUUCGGAAGCCGGGAAGAUGCUUUUGGAGCUGGCCGCGAAGGAUACCGUCAUGGAUCCACUGCGCGACGACAGCCAGAAUCGGGAUGACGAGGAUAAUGCGGCGGCUGGUGGCAACUGAUGCAUGUGCCCUUGCAUUAUCAGUGCAGCGCGGAGCAGACAACCAGGUGUUAAUGGUGGUGGCUGGGGAAAUUGUGAUAUAGAGAACGAUGCAUUCUGCCGGUGAUUGUUUUCUUUUUGUAUUUUCACGAAAACGUUCGAUUUUUAAGGCAAUGAAUCUUGUCACCUUUAAUUGGGUUCUUGUUUUUUUAAUGUACGGUUACCCUUUCACAUUAACAGAAGUCAGAAGAUGUGUACAUUUUCGACGUGUCCAAACUCCAAAGAAACUCAGAUAAAAGCUACAAAGUUUGA